UCAGAGCUAGUCUAGACUAGACGGAGAGUAGACGUGUUUUUCCAAAGAAGCAGAACAGCUACCUACCGCUCACUCCGCAAGUCGUGCCUGCAGUCACGUUGCGUCUUCAAUCCGAACCAACCAACUCUGAAUUUCCAUUAAAUAUGUCUAAUAUCGUUUGUUGUAAAACGCCUCAGGUUAUAAUGUAUGACCAACAAAGAAUAAGUACAUCUCUAUAGCCAACGGGAUCCCGAGGACUUGAUUACAGUCGCUUAAAGCCUGAUAGUUUGUCCGUCGGCCUGCUCCCCCCCUUCCUUCUGUUCACAUCUGCAGUCAGUUGGCAUUUCUUCUGACAACUUCCCAUUCCUCUCCUUGGGUGAAGAAGACGUAGUUCCACUGUGAUCUCAGUCUCCUUUGCCCAUUUCCUACAUUCGGUUCCUGUUAUACUUUCAACAGCGGUGCCUCUGGAUUUCAAUUAUUCUCUUAUUAGGAUAUCAACAAAAUUAACAAAGAUGAUUCCAAACGGCUAUUUGAUUUUUGAGGAUGAAAGUUUCCUGGAUUCCACCGUGGCCAAAAUGAAUGCUCUGAGAAAGAGUGGUCAGUUCUGUGAUGUUAGACUGCAGGUUUGUGGUCAUGAGCUGAUGGCUCAUCGUGCUGUUCUGGCUUGUUGCAGCCCCUACUUGUUUGAGAUCUUUAAUAGUGAUAUUGAGCCUCAUGGAGUCUCACAUGUCACUUUUGAGGACUUGGACCCAGAGGCUGUGGAGGUCUUGCUCAACUAUGCCUACACUGCCCAACUAAAAGCAGACAAGGAGUUGGUCAAGGAUGUAUACUCUGCAGCCAAAAGGUUCAAGAUGGAGCGAGUCAAACAGAUUUGUGGUGACUACCUGCUGUCUAAAAUGGAUUCCCAGAAUGCCAUCUCUUUUCGAAACUUUGCCAGCUCUAUGGGUGAUUCCAGACUUUUGGCCAAGGUGGACGCGUACAUUCAAGACCAUCUUCUUGCAGUGUCUGAACAGGAAGACUUCCUUAAACUCCCCCGCCUCAAGUUAGAAGUGAUGCUAGAAGACAACUUGGCCCUGCCCAGCAAUGGCAAGCUCUAUUCAAAAGUGCUAAACUGGGUGCAGCGUAGCCUUUGGGAGAAUGGAGACCAACUGGAACGACUGAUGGAGGAGGUGCAAAUGCUGUACUACUCACCUGACCAUAAGCUGGUGGAUGGAGGGUUGGUGAUUGAGGGGCACAGUGAGGUGUUUGGUGGCGAGGACGACCACCUUCAGUUUGUGCAGAAGAAACCCGUACGGGAGAGCACCCAGAGACAGCUGAGCUGCAGCUCCUCAGGAAGUCUCUCACCAUCCAACCAAGCAGCAAAUGCCCCAAAACAGACCACCAGGAGAGACUGGAAGUACAUCGCCUCAGAGAAGACCACAAACAACAACUAUCUGUGUCUGGCUGUGCUGGACGGAGUGCUGUGUGUGAUCUUCCUGCACAGUCGCAGCAGCCCUCAGACAUCUCCUUCUGCCACGCCAUGCCUGAUGAAGAGCCUCAGCUUUGAAGCGCAGCCUGAGGAGCUGAACGAGCACCCACUGUCACCCAUGCAUUAUGCUCGCUCUGGUCUGGGCACUGCAGGGCUGAAUGACAGACUCAUCGCAGCAGGAGGCUACAACAGAGAGGAGUGUCUGAGAACUGUGGAGUGUUAUGACCCCAAGGAGGACUGCUGGACCUUCAUCGCACCCAUGCGGACUCCAAGGGCUCGAUUCCAGAUGGCAGUGCUUAUGGGCCAGCUGUACGUGAUCGGAGGCUCGAACGGACAUUCUGAUGAGCUGAGCUGUGGGGAGACAUACAAUCCGCAUACUGAUGAGUGGGCACAAGUACCAGAGCUCAGGACAAACCGCUGCAAUGCAGGUGUCUGCUCCUUGAACAACAAACUUUAUGUUGUUGGCGGGUCCGACCCCUGUGGGCAGAAGGGCCUGAAGAACUGUGAUGCUUUUGACCCCGUGAUCAAAACCUGGUCCAGCUGUGCCUCCCUUAACAUCAGGAGGCACCAGGCUGCAGUGUGCGAGUUGGAUGGCUUCAUGUAUGCCAUUGGAGGGGCUGAGUCGUGGAACUGCCUCAACACUGUGGAACGCUACAACCCCGAGAACAACACCUGGACUCUGGUAGCCCCCAUGAAUGUGGCUCGCAGGGGAGCUGCUGUUGCUGUCUACGCAGGCAAACUGUUUGUCGUUGGUGGCUUCGAUGGCUCCCAUGCUCUCCGCUGUGUGGAGGUUUACGACCCAGCCCGCAAUGACUGGAGGAUGCUGGGGAGCAUGAUGUCGUCCCGCAGCAACGCGGGCGUGGCUGUGCUGGGCGAAACGAUCUACGCUGUGGGCGGCUUUGACGGAAACGAAUUCCUCAACACGGUGGAGGUGUACAACCCAGAGACGGACGAAUGGAACGACUACACCCAAGCUCCAUCUCCUCUCUCUGACUGAAGAGGGGAGAGAUGGAGUGGGGGUUUAGAGUUUCACAGUUCUUCACCUUUUUCCAAACUAACAGGCUUAGUGAUGUAAUCGUGUUUCGUGAUCUUCUGUGUGUGUGAAUGGAUAUGUGUGGGUGGGGAUGUUCAGGUGAGGGGUCUUCAGUGAAGACUGGCUUAAUCUUGGCAGGAGGAGGGAGGGAGAGAGGGAGGGAGGGAGGGAGAGUUGCUGCCAAAAGCAACAUGACGCCUUUGCAUAUUGCAUACAUUUUUUUUUUUUUUUUUUUUUUUUUUUUUUGCUGUAUAUAUUUUCUUUUUUGUCAUAUGCCAACAUUUAUUACACAUUUAGUGCUUUUCUUUUUCUUAGAUUGAAUAAGGUAGUCACUUGGAGGGUUUUCAGAUGAGCUUUCUGUUGGUUACUGAAAGGUGCCAACAUGGAGUAGUAAGUUUUUAAGCUUAAAAAUUUGUUGAGGUGUAAUUUUUCUCACAUAUUUUAAAGGUCAAUGAUUUGAAGCCUUACUCAGUGUGAGUUUAUAAACACUCGUCACGGCUUUUUGUGUAACUUUCCACAAGCUGGAUUGCUUUCUGAAUCUUAAAAUGGCCUUUUUUUUAUAUUUUUUAUACACUGCUGAUUUAUCAGUUAAAGGUAGUAGCAGACAGCUUAAGUCAGUGAAUCUAACCAGUGCCACUUUUAGUUGAAUUUUUUGUGAACACACCAGACACGCACAACCUUGCUUCUGCUUACCAAAUUUUUGUUGUGAUUUAACUAUUUGAUGUAUGUAGAUAUGCAGUUUACUGAAAAUCCUUCUUUUUCUCUUUUGUGUUUUAAAGUGUCAGGCAUUGGCAGAUUCUUUAGAAAGGAAUAUUAGAGCAAGAAAGAUAACACAUUUGUAACAUUUCUUAAUUAAUAAACCAUUUAAAUCUCA